CGAUGCUCGAGUCGUGAAAGGGGGGUUUCGAACCCUCGACCGAAGUCUAUUGACAUUCCGGCGUAAAUUUGUUUUGAUUUUACGGUGUGAACAGUAUUAUUCAAGUACGGAUCGCGCAGCGGCUGACGAUACCUUAUAUUUUAGGUACCGCGUUCAUGCAUGUCAAAUAAUUGGCAAUUCGGCAUCGAGAUCAAUAAAGCGUUCUUCCAAAGAAGUUAAUUUAGGGCGAUGUUCGAGUGGGCAUACGAUGGUGUAAACAGCUCCAUUCCACGCAAUGUUGGUCCGGAAUGUGCAAAUUAUUUAACAUUAAAGCGCCGAUUAAUAGAAACCUUGUUUAUAUCUAUAUUCAUCAUAUCCUGCAUCAUAUGGGGUCUCAAGCGAAUAACCUUGCCAAAGGAGCUGGCCUACGUCGGCCAGGACCGCGUCGGCAGACGAGUCCUGCUGAUCGUGAUGUCACUAGUCCUAGGUAUGGAGAUUGGCUUUAAGUUCACCAGCAGGACUGUUAUUUAUUUGUUAAACCCAUGUCACAUUACAACUGCAUUACAGUUGUAUUUGCUGGCUGCGGAUCCUAGUCCAACAGUCACUGCUAUUUUCAGGAUACAUCUGAAUCUAUUGAAUGGACCUGUAUUAGCAUACCUAUUUCCAGAAACAGAAUCUCGGGUUAUAUUUGCAGACAAAGCAAAUUAUUAUAUUCAACAUGGUUUGAUGCUAGUAAUACCAUAUUAUUUGUUGAGGAUUGGAGGUGUAUAUAAUAUUGAGCCCCUAUCUGAUAUGAGCUGGUCAAUCCUCGGUUAUGGCCUUAAUGCAGGAUAUCACUUUUGGAUUCUUCAAAGUGUUGCCUUGCCUGUACAAGUGAAUCUUAGUCAUAUGUUGUGUGCAGCUGUCUUGGAUCCAUUUGAAGGUCAAAAUUAUCGAUUAUGGGCAGUGACUCAUCAAUUAAUGUUAUGCCCCAUUCUGUGCAAACUGUUCUGUUAUGGAUCCAACUUUUUCUUAACUAAGUUUCCACCGACCAGGGUUAAGCCGUUGUUAGAAUGCGCUCUCCCGAAAAAGAAUUGUGCAUAUGAACAAAAUGAGAAGUUACACGAAGAAUCUAACACCUCAGGAAACGGCCAUACACAUUUUGAUUAAUUUGGAAAAGAAAAUUAUGUAUUAGAUGUGUCUAAACGCCUCAUCUUGAUUAAGUGAGUACAUAGUCACCAUUGUAACAUCUAAGGUUAUGUGAGAUACUUACGGAUUGAUACUUACGGAUUUGUAAUAUUUUUACAUGAUGUGCAUUUGCGUUGGCAAUCGCGCAGAUAUUCUAUCAUACAUUAUAAAAAUGUCGGGUUUUUCUUCCUUGCAGACUACACAAUUUAUAAUUUAUAUCUGUUAUAUCUUCUAAAUAUGGUCUACAGGGAAACUGAAAUGGGACAUAGGAAAAACUAACUUCUACAGGUUUAAUACCUAAUUACAGUCAAUGUAUACAAUGAUUAACAUAUUUUCACUAAGAACGUUUGUUUAAAAAAGUCAAGGAGGUUUUUAUUUUUUAAGAAUUGAACUCUUUCACACAUACAUUCUACCAAAUAGAUAAUCUUGGUACAAUCGUUGUGAUCAUAUUAGUUUUAAUUCAAUAGUCCAUGAUACCAAACGAUAAGAAUAGUCAAUUUGAAAUAUGAAUUUCUGUCCAAAUGCUUAUCAUGCCUAGCGCUGUGCAUAGAUUAAGAAUCUCAAAGAUAGUGUGAGGUUUAAGCUGACGUUUAGUAACAACAGUUACUCAUUAAAAAUAUAAUUGCAUCUUUUAUUAGAUAAAAACGCAUUGUAAACGAAUCACUUCUUGCGUUUUUAUAUUCAUUUUUACUUGCGCAGUAGAAAUGAAGAUAUUCAAAUAACGAAACUGCAAUAUUUUAUCUGUAUAUUAAACGUAAUAAAUAAGCAGAGAAAGUUUACGAGGUUUUACGGUAAAUCUUCUUAGUUGCACUAGUCUGAGAUACGUUGAGACAUACGAAUCUAUCUUAAUAUCUCACAAACAAAAAAAUUUUAGUAAUUUUAAUUUGUCAACGACAAGUGUUUGUGUUUUAGAGGACCAACAUUUUAUUGAAGAAAAAGUGAUUUCAGCAAUAAGAAAUUUAUGUUUACCUUUCUAUUUAAUUAUUAUUUUAAAUUAUGAAUUCUAAUUUGCCUAAUUACUAGACAUUAUAAUUAUUUUAAGUAUUUAUUAAUUACAUCAAGGAUGUAAUAAAAUUCUUUUUAACUUUGUUUUUAAUGUUACUUUUACAAGAGAGAAUUUUGAGAAAUUCUUAUAGUUUAUACUUUAUUUAUCAUUCCAUUUUAUACUGUAUUUCUCUGUCAAGUCUAGAUUUGAGACUUGGAGUGAUUGUUGUCGAUAAAAGAGAAAGGUCAUUAUUAAUACUGCCUACUUUAGAAGGUAAAUCGUGAAACUUCGCGGACUUCUUUUAGAAAUGCAUAUAAUGUAGUAUAAGUAUUUUGGCCACAGGAAUCAUCUUCGGUUUGAACAUUAAUAACCUGGAGGCCAUAAAAAGUUGACAAAGCAUUUUGUGACACAUAUACGAUACUCUUAUUUUGAUAAAUCCACGACUCUAUUUGCGAAACUAGUCGUAUAUAUGGAAAUAUUUUUAUAUGACAGUUCCUAUACUACUUAUACUAUACGAAUUCUCGCAUGCGGACGUAUAUCCUCGAUAAUAUAAUAUAGCGAGGAAAAUUUUAGAAUUUAGAAUGUGCUUUUUGCGAAAUGUAUAGAACGUUAUGUGAUAAAUGAUUAAACGCGCAGAUUAUAAAUGAAUGCUUUCGUCCAAACAGAAAUUAAAUUAAAUUUCAUGAAAAUAGUGCUCUCACAUAGAUGAAAGCUAACGUCCAUUUUACGUCCUUUCAAUAUAGAACAUCUUUCAUAUAGAAACUAUCUUUGAUAGUUAGUAAACAUUUCUGUAAACAUUUGCCGCAAGUUGAUAGAAUAGAACGGCCUAUGUUAUUACUUGUACAGAAUUAGACGAAAACAAAACUUACAAAGUUCCAUAAUUUCAGUAAGCUGCCAUUAAAGAAAGAAACUUAUUUUUUGAUGAAAACAGCUUGAUAGUACAGAAUUUAUGUUAUCAAUAUCUAUAUAACAACAUUGAUAAUAAUAUUAGUGACACUAUAUGUAUAUAGAAUUGAUUUAUAAUAAAAUAAUAUAAAAAAAUCUCACUUAGUGAUCUUGUAAAUUAAAUAUAAGAGUUCGAUUACAUAGAUAUCUUUGUAGGAUAUUAUGAAAUAUACCGCAAAUAACACGCAUCAAUCUUAAAUUAAAAAUCAGAUGCUCAUGAUUCUUGCACGAGAAUGUUCCAAUUCUUGGAUUAGAUAUAUACAGUAAUUUUUCGCAAAUUAAAUUAGUAACAAAUAAGAUUGUCUUUAGCAUAGUACUACUAAAAACACUCUUAUAAUACUUUUUAUUAAAGUGGCCUAAUCGUGUGAAGGAUUCUUUCAAAGAGAGAAUAGGAACUAAAAGAUCAGUAUUUAAAAUAACGCGAUUGAUUAGGUUAUCGUAAAGUACUUUAAUAAAAAAUAAAAAUGUAUACAGAUUGUAUUGAGUUUUUGAAAAAUAAUAUAAAAAUUGCUACUAUUUAGUAAAUACUUUUCAUUAGUUGCAACGUAAUCGAGUAAUCUAAAGAUUUUAUUGUUAUAUAAAAUUUUUUAUUCAUUAACUAAUAGUGCAAUAAAUUUAUAUACGUUUCGAAACGAUGUAAAAUUAUAGUAAUAAAUCAUCGUAUUUAUAUAGAUAUAUUUUGUUAACAAGUCAACAAAAAUAAAUAUGUAAAUAUAAUUCAAUAGUUAAAUAAGGUUCAUUAAACAGAAUGUUCAGGACGAUACGUUAAUUGUUAAAUGAUAUUUACAUAUUUAUUUUUGUUAACUUAACUCUUCUUUAUUUAUUUGCAACAUGACAUACAACUGUAAGAUUUGCCUAACUAAAAUAUUAAGGAACUAUUUACGCGAGGAAAAAUCUUCACUUAUCAAGAUAUACCUCAUUUGUGUAACCUUAAUGUAAUUAUUGUGUUAAAUAAGAGAGUACAGCAAAAUAUAUAAUAUAUUAAGGAAACUUAGAUAGAGCUAUAUUCAAGCAUACUAUACCAAAGAAAUUAAUUUGGUUUAUUAAAUGAGUUAUAGAUAUGAUAUUUUUAUAGUGUCGCUAGUGAUACUUGUAUUAAUAGUAAUUUAUUGUUAUUUAGAAAUCAAAAGUGUUAUUGCGUACUCUUCUAUUUAAAUGAGGUUCUGAUCAAUUUCACAUGGCAGUUGCAAUAUUAUUUUAAGAGUCAAAUUAUUAUAUAUUUUCCUAAUGCGCGACGAAACAAAUUUGCAGUUUCGUUGUUUGUAUAGCUUAUAUUAUAUGAAGAAUAUUAUAUAAAAGAAUAAUAACAUAUACGUAAUAUGCAACGUGUGUAUGUGUGUAUGUAUAUAUACAUACACACACACACAUACACGCACGUAGUAUUUAUCUUUGCGUACUUAUUUUUAAAUUAGCAUAUUAAAUGUAUCCAUUUAUUAUUGUUGUUAUCAUUUAUUUUCUCAAUUUAAUCGAUAAUGAAGUUUUCGUCAGUUUCAGCCUCAUUUAUAUAAUGGUAUUGUACGAAUACCUGGCUUGUGCAAAAUGCGUUGCCAGUAAACUGUUCACGAUUUUGUACAUGAUAUACUUCGCGCGCGUUGCCUUUAUACAUAUUCUGUACAAAAAGAAUACAUUACUUCUUAUUCUCAACGUAGAACAUACAAUACUUGUAAAUAACGUUGACAAAGCCGAUUACGCGGAAUGACGCUCCGGCAAGUAAACGAGUAAACUUUGCGUUCCAUGGCGAAUCAGUUAUAUUUUAAUAAAACAGGCAUCUUCUCUGCGUGACACGCGAAAAACCCCCAAAAUUAGUCGAAUUUUAUUUUAAUAAAACGUUUGGCCGAAUAUAUUUGUACUGACAAAAAUGUGAUCCAAUGCAUUCCGCAAUACAUACAAUGUUAAAUAAUUUACACUAACCAUUUUUUCAAUCAAAUUGUAAUUUGAGGAUGCGAUUGAAAAAGGAAAUAAUAUGAAGAUUAAUUCAUUACAUCAAUGCUGGCUAUUUACGCACAGCCUAUAUAUAAAAUAUAUAAAUUAUCACUUUAUACACAUGUGUGCAGAUUAUCUCAUCAUUAUUCUUCUCGAACAUUCAUUUUAAGUUUACAUAUUCAAUAUCUCAAUUAUAAAGGAUUAAAAAUAAAAAAAUAAAUUAAUUUUUAGAGAUGCAAAUACAGAUUGUUUCAACAAGAGGUUUAUUUGUUUUUUGAAAUGAAACAACAAACAAUUGUGAUAAUCAAGAUUUCUUUAUAGAGUAUUCUAGAAUAGAAACAUGUAAAGGUGUGGAAUUAAGUACAUCAUCAUAAAUGAACAUCUCGACCUUUCUUGCAGAUCCUCAUACAUUUCUCAAAGUUUUCAAUAACUUUUUCGGAAAAAUACGACUGUAUUUUAGCAUUAGCGGUUUCGAUUUCAAUAGCGGUUGGCUUUGAGAGCGUGAAUUGUGGAUUAUUGACACAGUUUUUCCUUUUAACGUAUCCCCAAAGAAAAAAAUUAACUGCGUUAAAUCGCAAAACUAAACGACCAGAGAACUUUGAGCACAAUAAAGCCACUUGUUUCGCCACUUAUGUGGCAUGUGGCCUCAUCUUGUUGAAAGUAGAGGUCCAUAUUUUCCAGUUUAGACCGUAAAGUUGAUCAACAUGUUUCUGUAGCAUACUCACUAUAAUAGUCUUUCCAGUGUAAUUUUUAAAGAAGUAUAGUCCAAUGACAUUAUCCGAUCAAAAUCCACACCAAACUGUCACACAUUCCAGAUGCAUCUUACAUUCCACAUGCUUCUCCUGGGUCACAUGCAAGUUUUUGAAGCUCGAGAUGACAACUUUGCUUAUUAAUAUAAUCAUUUAAGAAAAUACGCCUCUUCGCUAAACAUGAUUUUUUUGCAAAAAUCAUUUGUAAUAAAAUUCAAGACACAAUUACGAUUAUGUAGCACUCCAUGAAAAAUUCUAUUAGUAUUUAUAAAUAAUAGUUGUGAAAUAAUAAUUGCUUAACAAAUGAUAGUACGAUACAAAAAACAUGUGACAAGUGAAAAAUGCUGCGCAAUUAAAAUUCUACACCAAAAAGGUGUCUUUUUGAAACAUUCUACAGAAGAAACAAAAUAAAAAUUUUUUAGUUAAUGUAAAGGGAAUUUUAUUUUAGUAUUUUGCAUUUGAUAAGCAUUUAAAUUGUGCUAGAUUUUUAAUACAACUUUAAAUUCAUAGUGUUUCUCAAGAAUAAAAAGACAAUUAAAAAAAAUUAAAAAAAUACUGAUGAGACAGUCUAUGUAAAUAGAUGAAUAAUAUGAAACCACUGCUCUUUAUUAAUUCGUUCAUUUAAAGUACACAUUAAAUAAUAAUUCAUGUCACGCGCGUAAAUACCCAACAUUGGCUGCGUCUAGUGGACUGCGUACAAAUUUGCACACUGAGAAUAUAGUAUUAUUGUAACUAAGUUUCUUUGUCACUCUGUACAAUAUCACUCUCACCAAACAACUGCGCCUAUUUAACAAGAUUAAAUGACAUUUUUGAAAUUUGUAAACUCUCGCAUUUGAAAGCAUUUCUCCACUCGAACAGAAUUAAUAAGAAGAGAGGCAGUCUUAGCAUCAGUACUUAAUUAUAAAAGGCUUUUGAUUUGAUGUAUCGCCAUGGUAAUCUCUCAAAUCCACGAGUUAAUAUUCAGGUACUCAGAGAUAUCUGAGAUAGAUAUAUGUGUAACAUUGUUACACUAUCACUAGCGACUUCGAGUUGUGAAAACAUUGUAAGAUUUUGGGUAAAAAUGAAUAAAGAAUUUGUCUGGGUCUA